GUAAUAUCCUUUGACGAGUGCGAAUGCUCUGUAGUGCUUGUGCGCGGCUCCGUACCCUUAUUCUGGGAGCAACCCGGUGUGCAGGUUGGCUCGCAUAAGGUAAAAGUAAGGGCAUUUGAAGCAAGCUCGUCUGCCUAUCACAGGCAUUUCUUGAGACUGACGUCGACGUACGGGAAGACCACAGUGGUAAAUCUUUUGGGGAGCAAGGAGGGUGAGCGAGCUUUGGCGGAUGCAUUUAGGACUCAACACAAAAGCUCCAAGUUUGCCAGCACCGUCGACUUUAUCGACUUUGAUUAUCACUCACAAAUGAAGAUCUCAAAGGAUUCUUUGCAUAGAUUGGUCAAAAAACUCGCGCCUUAUAUGCAAGCCGCUUCAUUUUAUCUUUUCAAAAAUGGAUCUGUGAAAAGGCGGGAUUUUGACAGAAUUGUUUAUCAAAGCACAUGCCUUCCUGCUUUUUGA